UUUCACGAGUUGCAAGAAGAAAAACUUACAACGCAAAUUUUUCAAACAAAGAAAAGUGAAUUUUAGCUGUUCUAAAUUUGAUUUGAAGCGAUGUCUGAGGCUGCAGCGACAAUUGGUAUCGAGGAUUUUCCAACUGAAGUCAUUAUUCACAUUUUUAAAUUUCUUAAUCCAGCGGAUCGGAUUGAAGCAUCUCUUGUGUGUACAAAAUGGUUCGAGAUCUUCAGUUUGUCGUCGUUCGUGAAUCAGUUCUACAUCAACUUUUUCAACUGCAGUCUUUCGAAGUUUGAGCCACCUGCUAGUACUUUUAUGAAUGCAUUACGAACGUAUUCCGGACUGAAUUUGUCGGAUAUUUAUUCGGUAGAUGAAGAUAUUGACGAGUUCUGGGCGACUUUUGGGACAAGUGUCACAGAUUUAGUCAUAAAAAAUUGCACUUGUAUCACUGGCGUGCGGUUUCAGCGAAUGUUACGACAUUUUGUCAACCUGAAAACUUUGAAACUUUACGGGCAACAGUUGGUCAUGGGAUUAAAAAUGAAUUCCUUGCAAAGUCUCGACCUGACAGAAUGCAAUUUGGACAAAGACGAUGCGGAAAAGAUGAUUUGUGAGUUGCCGGUGCUACAAAAGUUGCGAUUAAACUGGGACACGAUCAUCGAUAUUGAAAAUGUCCCGAGAAAUGCUGUCCAAGGUCAUACAAUUCAGUUCUUGGAACGCCUUUCAGCGAAAAAGGAAAUGCUCAAGUUGGAUCUUUUUCUGCCAGUUCCGUUUUUUGGACAUGAAAUCCUAUUGGCAUUAUCGAAUCUAGCUAAUCUCCGACUGAAUCAUUUCGUUCUGAAGACAAGUGGCGACGUCCCAACUGAAGUUUUCCAGAAAUUCUUUGAAACGCAGUCCAGUAUUGAGAUUUUGGAGUUACAAAACUCAAGAGCUCUCACACAAGAGACUUUAGCAAUAGUCACGAAAUAUUUGACAAAUUUGAAAGAAAUUGUACUGCCAAAUGGAACGCCGUACUUUGAAACUCCUCUCGAAAUAAUUCAGGGAAUUGACAGUAUUGAGAGCGUUUCCAUCAACGUUCACUUUGAAGUAGAUGAAGAAAGAAGAGCUUGUUUGACGAAGCAACUCAUGCGACAGAAGUUACGAGAAUUACGUUUGCCCAAUAUUCAUACGAGGAUUUGCAAUGAAUCCUUGUUGAAGGUCGUUAAAAGCUUUCCGGAUCUUCAGAGUUUGGAUUUGAGUUCGAGUCGUAUCAGUGAUGAUGGGCUCCAGUUACUGUUUCAUGGUCUGCCGUAUUUGAGAGAACUGAUUUUGGAUAAAUGUACUGAAAUCACCGACGACGGAAUGACUGGCUGUCGUAACCCCUUGUACGCCGUAUCCAACAUGCGUGGCUUACGCAAACUCUCGCUCUCUACUUGCAAAAAACUCAGCGACAUCUCUGUCAUGCAAUUCAAACUACCCGAACUCGUCUACUUGAAUUUGCGAAAUCUCGAUCGCGUCACUGAACUCGGAAUUGACGUUAUAACCACUUACUGUCGUGCCCUCGAAGACCUCAAUCUGGCCAAUUGCACGGAAAUAAACGCCCGUUGCAUCGUCCUACUUGACGAAAAUUUGCAUCGAUUGCGCUGCAUCGACGUCUCUGGCUGCAAAAAGGCCACGGAACAGCUAAAAACGAGUUUUGCCGCACGUCGAAGGAAAGUACAAGUUAUCAUGUCUGGCUUCUACUAUCCACUUGGCAUGGAUGAGUUUUGUUAAGUGUUCCAUGUUUCGCGUCAAAAAAUUUCGAACAAUAAAUCCGCAGCUAAUCGAGACAUGA